UUGUUAUCUGUAUAUCUCUAUUUCUGUCUCCCAUUCUCUCUCCUGAAGAAGCAGUAUAUUGGGUGUUUUGAGCUUUGGGUGGGUGAGGAUGGGGAGGCAACCAUGCUGUGACAAAGUUGGGUUGAAGAAGGGUCCAUGGACAGCUGAAGAGGACAAGAAACUCAUCAACUUCAUUCUUUCCAAUGGCCAAUGCUGCUGGAGAGCUGUUCCUAAGCUUGCAGGAUUGUUAAGGUGUGGAAAAAGUUGCAGACUAAGAUGGACAAACUAUCUUAGGCCAGACUUAAAGAGAGGUCUUUUAUCAGAAUCUGAAGAGCAAAUGGUCAUUGAUCUCCAUGCGCAACUUGGCAACAGAUGGUCUAAGAUUGCUUCUCAUCUCCCUGGAAGAACUGAUAAUGAGAUCAAGAACCACUGGAACACCCACAUCAAGAAGAAGCUGAAAAAGAUGGGCAUCGAUCCUCUCACCCACAAGCCAAUCUCUACUGAAACUGAUCAACCCCAACAAGAAGGAGAGCAACAAACUUGUCUAAGUGAUACAUCAUUGCAGUCAUCCUCUGUCACUGAAGCCAAAGAGGAAGAAAAAAGCAUGACAAGCCCGUUUGAUCCAUUGGAGGUAGUGAAUGGUUUCUGCACAGAUGAAGUUCCAUUGAUUGAACCCAGUGAGAUUCUAGUCCCAUGUGCUCCUUCUUCGUCGACUUCUUCCUCUUCAUCCUCUUCUUCCAAUUCCUCCAACCUUUUCCAAGACUUACAGUUCCCAGAUUUUGCGUGGCCCUGCGACUACAACAACUGCCAUAACAGCAUGGGCCUGUGGGACGAUGAUUUCGUCAGUUGGGAUUUGUUGAUUAUUGAUGAUGAUGAUGAUAACAGAAAGCAGAGUACUGUUGAUCCUUCGUUAAGUCAGUGCCCAAGAAUGGUUUUGGAUCAAGAAUCUUGGAUAUAUACUAUAUAGCCUUUUGUGAAUCGAGAAUAUCCAUGUGGCCUUAUUUGUAAUUUGGUUAGUUUUCACAGAGAGUUCAAUAAAUCAAGAUCCGGGAAAAUCCCAUCUCUGAAUUAGCCUUUUUAUUUUACCAUUUUGAAAGGAACAUAAAAUAAACAUUUCUGUACAUGACAAUGAAAAUAUUUUGGAUUGUAAUCUUUUAAUGUAUUGUGGGUUUUAUUUUCCUUAUUCA